UUCCUGUUUGUAAACCACAAGCUCUAGUUUCUUUUUAAAGCAGUGAACACGACAGUAAGUUUAUUUCAACAAAUAUAGGCCACCGACAACUGUCGAAUCAAGUGUUUGUUAAUGGAUAGUAUUGAGAUUAUAUGUACUACCUCACUGAAGUAUAAUCUGCGGAAAAGAUAUUAACUGUUAGGAUUUCUCUCUACGGUCCUAGUGUAAUUAUAUGACGCCAGUGAAAGUAGGCCUUUCGUAAACUACCGGAAACCGGACGGGGUGUUACCAUGACAACAACUAUGAUGAUGAGUGUGGGAUGAUCUCGUAGGAAGAAGUACUUGAAUAUUUCUUCAUCGGAUUUUGUGAUUAUAACAUUUUAGAUAAGUAUUAUGAAUAAGAUGGCCGAACAAACCGAAUCGUUUGCCUCUUAUUGGGCAUUUUCUGCAAACAGCAGUAAUGUCACAAAUCACUUCGACGCAGAUGCCUUUAUCAUUGAGAGAAACAACCAGAAUGCAUUGCUUUUGCUCCCGGUGAUUAUCGUCGUUGGAGUUCUGAUGUUACUGGGAUUUGUGGGUAAUUGUCUUGUCUGUUACGUUUAUAACUCGCCGACAAUCAAAAAAAGGAAGACAACCAAAAGAGUGUUUAUUCUGACUCUAGCCAUCUUCGAUAUAUUGAACUGCGUACUUGUGAUGCCUUUUGAGAUUUAUGACAUGAGGAACCAGCAUUACUUCCAGUCUUCGGAGGUCUGUAAAGUGUUCCGGUUUAUCGAGACUUCUCUUGUGCUAUCAUCCGGAUUCAUUCUUCUGUCCGUAUCAGUUGAUAGGUACGUGAAUCUCGUUAAGGCCUCCAAACGUAUCAUCACACCAAGUAGAGCUAAGAAGCUCGGACUCGCCUGUGUUGUCGUAGCCAUAGCCUUGUCCUGGCCAGUCCUAAUUUUCGCGGGGACAGAAGAAUUCCUCAUUCUCGCUGACGGUAUUAGCACAAAUCUGACAGCUACAGAAUGUACGACGUUUAGAAAUGACUAUGAAGGAUUUAUGAAUGACAAUAUCUAUAAUUUGUUCUUAAUUGCCACUUUUAUUAGCGCCUUAAUAACUCUUAUUGUGAUAUACAUUCUGAUUGGAUUAAAACUCUAUCGUCGACGCCGAGGGUCCGUCAACAAAGGAGGACUUAUGUUUCUAUCCAGUACCAAUGAAGGGAAGAGUUUGACAGACGGGAAACCCAUAAAGAGAAACAAUGUACGCAAAUCCAGUUUGGGUUACGCCAUACGACGCAGCAAACCGAAAGCACAAGGAUCGACCGUCAUGUUUUAUUCCGUAACAGUGGUGUUCAUCCUAGGAUUCUUACCCCAUCUUACUGUGCGCACUUUAAAAAUGCUCAAAAUGGCGUUUACGGAAAGCCACUCGUUUGACUCGACGGAAAUGAUCUAUAAUCUCCUAGUGAGGUCCUACAUGAUCAACAGUACUGCUAAUCCCUUUAUUUAUAGCAUACUCAACGUUAGAUUCAGGAAGGAUCUCAUAGCUUCUUUUAAACGGUGCUUCUGUUUACAUAGAUUACGACGCACACAAUGAAAACACGUGUAUUGAUCUAUAACUUUAUAAUAAAAAAUGUUUAUUUUCAUAAAACUUG